AUCUUUGUAUUUCCUUUCAGUAGUCUGCUUAGUCGUAUAUAAACGAUAUCGUGGCUACAUACGUCUUACAGGUAGUUUCACCGUCAUUGAUUACGGAUCAUUUGAAUCUUCGAUAAACCUUUUUUGUCUUCAUUUCUAUAAUUUUGUAACUUUUUUCUUUGGUGGAUUAAAUUUUGAUAUCGUUAUACUUACGUAUGAUGUAUAAUUAGGCAGUGAUACAGUGCAGUAACAAAAAGUCAUAAUGGCUGAGGAAACGUCAGCUUUCAUCGAGGACGUCGUCAAGAGACCAGAAAUUUUGCGAUUGACGAAUUCAGAUCGUGAAAAGCAAAAGGAAAAACGAAGCAAUGUAUCGUUCGAUGAUAUUUUACCGGAUAUCGGUGAUUUUGGAAAAUAUCAAUGGUGUCUGAUGUUUGCUUUGUUUCCAUAUAUCAUAUCAUACGUGGUUUUGUAUUUCUCUCAAAUAUUUAUCACCAUCGUACCUGAGGAACGCUGGUGCAAAGUGGACGCGCUGAUCGACGCCAACUUCACGCGAGAAGAACGCAUCAAAAUCGCUAUACCGUCAAAUGAUAAGUAUCCCUACUACGAUCAUUGUUAUAAGAGGGAUUUGAAUUACAGUGAAUUAUUGGCAAGAAAGAAUUUUUCAUUAGAACAAUUGAAUGCAUCAAAAGUCAUAGAAUGCACCGAAUGGGAAUAUAAUUUUACUCAAAUCCCAUAUUCGUCUAUAGCAACUGAGCUAGAUUGGGUAUGCGAUCGAGAAUACCUGAUAUCAACAACUCAGGCUGUCUUCUUUUGCGGAUCCGUCAUAGGCGGAAUUCUAUUUGGAUGGGUGGCCGAUCAUUCCGGACGAAUUCCAGCGUUGGUGAUCUGCAAUGCGAUUGCCUUUUUAGGUAGCGUCUCAACAGCUUUUGCCAAAAGUUUCUGGUCGUAUUCCUUAUGCAGGUUUAUCACCGGUUUGGCCUUUGACAAUUGUGUCAACAUUCCACUGAUCAUAGUGAUGGAGUAUGUGGCUGUUAAAAGAAGAACAUGGGUUUUCAAUCUUGCAUUUGGCAUUUAUUUUGCCUUUGGAAGCACCCUUUUACCAUGGAUCGCAUAUUAUAUUGCUAAUUGGAAAUUAUUUGCUCUUGUCGUCUCCAUACCUUUUCUCAACGCCAUUAUAACACCGUGGAUUCUCCCCGAGAGUGCUCGAUGGUACAUGGCUAAUGGAAAAAUCAACAAGGUUGUUCGAAAAGUCAAACGCAUUGCAAGAUUCAAUGGCAAAAAUGUACCAUUGAAUUUCUACGAAAGGAUUGCCAUCAGUUUAAGGGAAUCUAACAAAAGUCAGGAGACGGCUACGCUAUUGGAUUUAUUUAGGACACCCAGUCUAGCCAAGAACACUAUACUUCUCAUAAUAUUCUGGUUUCUGGGAAUAUUUACGUUCGACGGACACGUUUAUUCUCUGAAGUUACUUCAAAGUUCCGUUUUCGUGUCUUUCUCGUUGGCUUGCGCCACGGAACUGCCAGCAGGAUUGUUAUUGACGUUAAUACUGGACCGUUGGGGCCGCAGAUUCUGUGGAUUCAUCACAAUGGCACUUACUGGAGUUUUUACUUUUGUCGAACUUUACUCAGAAUCAAACAUUAUUCAGUUGAGCAUGUCGAUACUGUGCCGAUUUUGCUUAAAUAUGGCGGCCAACGUGGGUCAUCAAUUUGUUGCCGAAUUACUGCCUACUACUGUCAGAGGUCAAGGGGUCGCGCUGAUACACAUUUGUGGAAUAAUCGGUCACGGAAUGGCACCAUACAUUGUCGAUACCGGCAUGUAUUGGACUUCCUUGCCAUUGUUUAUUAUUGGAAUUGCGUCAUUCGUGGCUGCCAUUAUUUCACUCCUGUUACCCGAAACGGUCGGUAGGAAUCUACCACAGACUCUGGAGGAGGGUGAAAAUUUUGGAAAGGAUCAAAAAUUUUGGAGUCUGCCAUGUUUUCAAUCUAAUGAAUUGGAUUAAUCGAAUUUAAUUAAAUCGAUCAUAUUUAUUGGUAGAGGUGUAAUGUGAAAAAGAAAUUAUUAUGAAAGUCAGCAUUAAUAAUAACAUUAACGUUUUAUUUUACUCGAA